GACAUGUUAUUUUGUGCCAUUUAAUUACUGGUCUAAUGUCAAUGCUGUUGAUUUAAUCAAAGCUCAAAACCAUAUAAUAUUGCUAACUAUAAUAUUUUAAUUUUAAAUGCCACACAAUUAGUUAAUGUCUUUUUCCACGUUCUAGCUUUUUAUUUGUCCUCCUGAAGUGGGAAUGAUUAGGCUCGCGUCAGGACCAAACCCCAUUGAUCCUUCUGUAUCUUUCGUUCACUAAUACAAAGAGAUCCGUAUCAUCAGGCUCCUACUACUUUCAAGUUUCUCUCGACGAACGAAGUUUACGUGAGCUUCAAUCAUUUCAUUGAUCUUGUUUUUCAUGCUUUGAAGCUGUCCUCCUUAGAGAUUAAAGAUCUUUUACCAAACAUGAGUGCUCACCAACUCGAGGAUAAUUCUCAGCAAGAUAACAAGGUUAGCAAAUUGAAAUCUGCGUUAGGACCACUCUCAGGACAUAGUUUAGUUUUCUGCUCUGAUGCUUCCUUGAGGAGAUACUUGGAUGCUCGUAGCUGGAAUGUCGAAAACGCCAAGCAAAUGAUUGAGGAGACACUUAAAUGGAGAUCAACAUACAAGCCUCAUGAGAUCCCUUGGCAUGAAGUAGCACAUGAAGGUGAGACUGGAAAAGUUUCAAGAGCUAGUUUUCAUGAUCGUCACGGUAGGACUGUGCUAAUAAUGAGACCAGGGUUACAGAACACAACAUCAGCAGAAGGUAAUAUCAGGCACUUGGUGUAUCUUCUUGAAAACGCAAUCAUUAAUCUUCCCAAAGGACAAGAACAAAUGUCUUGGCUCAUAGAUUUUACUGGUUGGUCCAUGGCUAAUAAUGCUCCCAUGAAAACAACACGAGACAUUAUCUACAUUCUACAGAAUCAUUACCCUGAGAGACUCGGUAUGUCAUUUCUCUACAAUCCUCCAAGACUCUUCCAAGCAGGCUACAAGGCUGUUAAGUACUUCUUGGACCCAAGAACAGCUCAAAAGGUGAACUUCGUGUACCCAAAUGACAAAGCAAGUGAUGAACUGAUGAGAUCACACUUUGAUAUGGAGAAUCUCCCCAAGGAGUUUGGUGGAGAAGCAACACUAGAGUAUGACCAUGAGGAAUUCUCAAGACAAAUGUUUGAAGACGAUCUCAAAACCGCAAAGUUCUGGGGGCUAGAAGAGAAACAGUAUCUGAAACCAAACGGUUUCUCUCCAGCCGAUGUUGUUCCUGAACCGGCCACUUCUCUUGCAUCAGUAGCUAACUGAGAGUUGAAACUACAUAUAAACACAUAAAGAAACAAGAGAAGAUUAUAAACGCUUUAUUCUCAUUGAUGAAGAACCAAUAAAAAAACGUGCAGAUUACUAAGAAAAUUAGUGAGCCGCCAGACUUUUUCAAUGUCCUAGCUAAGCUGACAGACACGUUCCUUGUUAUUGAAGUUAAUGUAUGUUUUAGAAUGUUGUUACCAUGUCUAAUUGUUUGGUGUUUAUUGCUUGAAAAUAUGAGAAUCAUCCUUUUGGUUCUAUUUUUUCUUAAUUUAUUUAGUUAUGAAAUAUUUGCUCAAUUUAUAUCUGUCUGUUACAACCUAAGCAAGUUUAUUUAGCUUAAGAUGACAUAAUGAAAUGUUA